CAGCUCCACACGCCUAUGUAUUUGUUUCUCAGCAACUUGUCCUUCUCUGACUCCUCGGUCACAGUGCCCAGAUUGCUGCAGAACAUGCAGAACCAAGACCCAUCCAUCCCGUAUGUGGGCUGCCUGGCCCAGAUGUACUUUCAUCGGUUUUUUGGAGUUCUGGAGAGCUUCCUCCUUGUGGUCAUGGCUUAUCACCGCUAUGUGGCUAUUUGCUUUCCUCUGCACGACACCACUGUCAUGAGCCCCAAGUGUUGCCUUGCUCUGCUGGCACUCUCCUGGCUGCUGACCACUGCCCAUGCCACACAUUGCACCUUGCUCAUGACCAGGCUGUCCUUCUGUGCUGACAAUGUGAUUCCUCACUUUUUCUGUGAUACAUCUCUGUUGUUGAAGCUGGCCUGCUCCAACAUGCAAGUCAAUGGGUUGGUGAUAUUUUUCAGGGGAGGCCUCAUCCUUGUCAUCCCAUUCCUACUCCUCAUCAUGUCCUGUGCAAGAAUUGUCUCCACCAUCCUCAGGGCCCCUUCUGCUGGGGGCAUCCAGAAGGCUUUCUCCACCUGUGGCUCCCUCCUGUCUGUGGUGUCUCUCUUCUAUGGGACAACGAUUGGUCUCUAUUUGUGCCCAUCGACGAAUCAUAGCGCUGGGAAGGGCACUGUCAUGGCUGUGGUGUUCACUGUGGUGACCAUGCGGAACCCCUUCAUCUGCAGCCUGAGGACAGAGAUAUGAGGGGAGCCCUGCCCUGGGCAGAGUCUUCAGCACAAAGAAAAUUUCUUUUUCUUGAAAAUAGUAAUAGUUGGGAUUUUACCAUUAUUGAAUUUAGUAGGUGUAGUAAUGUUGACAAUGAAAUACCACUCUAAAUCAGUGGCUUAA